GUUUCUAGGCGGGCGCUCAGGAGGAAGAAGGAAAGGUGCUUCAGUUAAGGAAAAGCCGGGCAUUCCUCUGACUGGAAGAGCCAGGCGGUGGAAGAUGAUUAAGCAACUGUGCACCACCAAAAAGGAACUUCCUUCCUCUGCAGACCACACACUCUCGACGGGGGCGUUUUUUUUAUAAAAGCAGGGUCCACGUUCCGCGGCGGCUUCGACGGGCACACACCGCGUCGCCGAGCCGAAAAGCUGAGCUCGACGAAAGCGAACCGACGCACGAACGAUGAAGGAGCUCCUUCUUCUUCUAGUCGCGCUCGUGGCGGCCGCCGCGGUGGCGCGCGUCCCGCAUAACUGUUCCUGCGCGGGGAGCAGCUGCUACUCCGUGGUGCUUCUCCAAACUGCGGCGGACGCUCGCGCGUCUCGGCGCUCGUGCGAGCAGCAAGGUGGACGUUUACUGAGAGACAUGAGCGCGGAGUCGCGUGACGCCCUUCGCGUUCUGCUCGACGGCGCCACGGUUAGCGGGGACUUGUGGACGGGGCUCCAGCUGCCCAACCGGAACUGCGCGGAGCCGCUGCUGAAGCCCAGCAGGAGGAGGUUCCAGUGGAUGGACGAAGAGCUGUCCGGUGCAGACUUCCCAGCGGCCACAGGCACCGAGAGCCAGGCGUGUGCUCCGCUCUGCGUGUCUCUCUCCAGAGACUUCACGCUAACGGAACGGCCGUGCCACGACCAGAUAAGCGGAUACAUCUGCGCUCACGCUCAGAGUCCCGCCAGCGCGUGCGACCCUUUGGCUUUGCCUCUGGGGUCCGGCGAGGUCGCGCUCUUUAACUUGUCCGCGGAGGGCGGAGAGGGGCGCUGCUCCGCAGUCGCGGGAAGCAUCGCUGUGCUCCUGCCCUCCAGGGCCAAAUUCCUCUGCACGCAGGAGGAUGACAGCCCGUGGCUUCGGGGUCCGUGGAGCUGCGAGGUCUUCAUGGGUGGUUGCCAGCACAAGUGCAGCACGCACGACAUGAGGCCGCAGUGCAUCUGUCCGCCGGGCGCAGUUCUCGAAAGGAACAACCUGAGCUGCGUCGAGGCGCCGAAUGGUGACCCGUGUGCGAGCGCGCGAUGCGAGCACAUGUGUUUGCCGCACGUGGGCUGUCAGUGUUGGCCCGGAUACGAGCUGAAGGAAGAUGGGAAAGGGUGCCGGGACAUUGAUGAGUGUCAGGAUGAGAGGGUUUGCAAGGGUAUGCUGUGUUCCAACAACCCCGGGAGUUUCGAGUGCACGUGUCCUUCAGGUUACCAGCAGAAGAACAACAAGUGUGUGGACAUCAACGAAUGCUCGCUUGCCCCCUGCGAGCACAUUUGUCACAAUACGGACGGCAGCUACACGUGUUCCUGUCGGGAUGGGUUCGCUCCGAACCCCAAGGACAGGCGCGAAUGUGUGCAGCACUGUCCUUCGUAUGAGUGCCCUGCAAUCUGCGACCCCAACAACCCCGAGCAGUGCAGAUGUCCCCUCGGGUAUAUCUACGAUGUCAAAGCCACACAAGGAGUUUGUGUAGAUAUUAAUGAAUGUGAAAUGGACGCAUGUGACCAAAGCUGUGACAACACUUUCGGAAGCUUCUCGUGUUCUUGUUACAAGGGAUAUUAUAUGGAUGAUGGCGGUAUGUGCAGGCUGGUAGAUGGUGGUCUUACAACUCCUACCUACAGCGAUUCCUCCACCCCGACGGUGAAGCAGACACCAGGCGAUGCCUCCUUGAUGACCCCAGGGGCUAUGGUUGGCAUCAUAGUGUGCAUCUUGUUAAUCAUUGUGGUGCUCAUGUUCCUGGUUCACCGUAAACGGUGGACGAUGAACGGACGAGGUGCUCACAAGCCCCACGAUGAACACUCGAAGGACCUGCAGCAAGUGACUACGGAAGAGGACAUGAAAACAUUCGCCAACAGACAUUUAAAUCAGAAUUCUGCAUAACAUGCUGGGCUCAGUUGCAUUUCAGUGUCUCUGCACUACCUGGUUAAAAGUAUUUUGGUAAUGGAAUUGUAGUUGCUGCCCUGCGAAGGACUGGCAUCCCAUCUAGGGUGUACCCUGCCUCAUGCCCUCUGCUUUGGGAUAGGCUCCA